CCCCUCUCGCGCCGUGUCUGCGCCGUGUCUGCGCCGUCAAGCCUCAAGGAUACAAAGGCCGCCGCCGCCGGCGACAGAGCGCGUCCUCCGCCAAUUCCCCGGGGACUGCGCCGCAGCCCAGUUGGCGGGGCUUCUUCCUUUACACAGCCAGCCUUGCGCCGUUUCGGACAUUGCCCAGCUCGCCCGUCAGCCGCAGCACGCAGCCCGCAGCACGCAGCAGCGCUCGCAGAUAUCCUUGAUUGCACCCCACCCGCAACUCGCAGCCCGCUCCUCGUCGCAGUCUGAAUGAAUUCCAUGAACUCCCGUUUCAAGAACCUAGUGGGUUCGAAACGAAAGAGUUCCUCACAGAAUCACCCCUCCUCCCCCUCGCCCCAAGGCAACCCGCCGCCCACUGGCCAGCAGCGCCCGACGUCGCUCUCUCCCCAGGUCUCCAACUCGAGCAGCUCCUCGCUCCCCAUGAAUCCCCAGAACCCCCUGGGCCGCCCGCCCUCGUACACAUACGCUCCCCCAGGCGCCCUCGGGGCCCCGCCGCCUCAACAUGGCCGCCCAACAAGCCCGCUGCCGCCCAUCAACACAGGCGCGCCCGGCUACCCUCCCCAGCAGCCGCCCUAUCCUUCGCAGCAGGGCCCGCCUGGAUAUCCUCCCCAGGGCCCUCCAGGCCCUGCCUAUGGCCACGGCUAUGGUGCGCCUCCGCCAGGUGCGCCCACGCCCCAUGGCCCGCCCGCCGCAUACAACAGACCCAACAACAUGGCAGAGGUCGCGGGCGAGGGCCGCUCCAAGGCGCAGCUGAUUGUGGGAAUCGACUUUGGCACAACCUUCUCGGGCGUCGCCUUUGCCUUUGCGACCAACACCGAGGCCAAGGAAGACAUCAUCACCGAAUGGCCUGGCGCCGGCAACCAGACAAAGCAAAAAAUCCCGACUGUGCUAUACUACGACCAGUACCAGAAGGUGGUGGGAUGGGGGCCUGACAUUGCCGAUGCUUUGGCCCCGACCGGCUACCCCAAGCCUGGCGUGCAAAAGGUCGAGUGGUUCAAGCUGCAGCUGAUGCUGUCGGGAAACACAUACAUUGACCCCAUCAACCUGCCCCCGCUACCUCCUGGCAAGUCUGAGAUUGAUGUCGCCGCCGACUACCUCUUCCAUCUGCGACAGGCGAUGCGCAACCAGCUGCAGAAAACACUGGGAGAGGUGUUCAACCGUGAGGAGCGCAAUAUCCGGUACUACCUAACAGUCCCUGCCAUCUGGAACGAUGCUGGCAAGGCUGCCACGCGUGCUGCCGCCAUCCAGGCUGGUUUCCUGCGCGAUGAAAACGACAACAGGCUGACGCUCAUUACCGAGCCCGAAGCCGCCGCCAUGUUCUGCUCAAAGACUGGUCUCCUCAACCUCAAGAUCCACGAUGCGGUCCUCAUUGUUGAUUGCGGUGGUGGAACGGUCGACUUGAUCGCCUACGAGGUGGAAGAGGAGCAGCCCUUCUCCGUCGCCGAGUGCACAGCAGGCUCCGGCGACUCGUGCGGUUCCACUGCGCUCAACCGCAACUUUAGCAACAUCCUCCGCGCUAAAAUCAGGAAGAUGAAGCUACCAGACGGCUCCAAGACUGCCGGCAAAGUCUACGCCAAGUGCAUCAUGGACUUUGAGAACAGGAUAAAGGCCGACUUCCGUAACAAUGGACAAAAGUGGGCCGUUGACGUGGGCAUCGAGGCCGAGUUCCCUGAAGCAGGCAUCGAGGAAGGAUACAUGACUUUUACCAAUGAAGAAAUUCUGCAGUGCUUUGAGCCGGUGGUGAACCGGAUCCUCGAGCUUGUCAGGAAUCAAAUCAUUGCUAUCCAAGCACAGAACAGGUCAUUACAGAAUGUCCUGGUUGUCGGUGGUUUCGGUGCUUCCGAAUACCUCUUCCAGCAAAUCAAGCUCCAUGUCCCACCGCAGUUCCAAUCCAAGGUGGUGCGACCCAUGGACUCCGUCGCUGCCAUUGUCAAAGGAGCCGUUACAGCUGGUAUCACGGAGCGCAUCGUUACGCACCGUGUCGCGCGUAGGCAUUAUCUCAUGGCUACCCUCCAGCCUUUCAAGGAGGGUCACCACCCAGAACAAUAUCGUGUCCCUUCACUCGAUGGCAAGGACCGAUGCAAGUACACGCGCCAAAUCUUUGUGCAAAAAGGCCAAAGGGUCAAGAUUGGCGAGCCGGUCAAGGUCUCGUUCUUCAGGCAAGUGGCGCCAGGCGCAACGCUCAUGUAUGAGGACAUUCUCUACGCGUGCGAUGACGAUGUCUGCCCAGAGUACACCAAGGAUCCUCGCAUCAAAGAAGUCGUCACAUUGACAUCCGACCUCUCAAGGAAAAACCUCGAAAAGGACUUUGAGCGCAUGGACACGCCACAAGGGACCUUUUACCGCGUAUACUUUGACAUUUACCUUACGCUCGACGGUUCAGAGUUCAACGCCGAGCUUGUCUGCCAAGGCGAGGUCAUGGGCCGCUGCACAGCUCGCUUUAGGUAAUCUCUCACUCACACAAAGGGAAAUGUGCGCAAAAAAGUUGCUCUUCAAGGAUAGUUACCCUCACGGCCCUAUAUACGCACAUAUAUAUACAUAUUCACACUCACACUCACACAACACAUGUGUUGGGAAAAGGGGGGGAACCAUCUCUCGUAGUUUGGGUAGUGGAGAAAAAUCGCUUAGAUGCGAUAGUGCAAUGGCGGCUUUGUAACUCACCCCUCUUUUCUUUUCUCGGCCUCAAACUUUGAAUUGGUUCUCUCUCUCUUGUUUUCUUGGUGUUAGAUCUUACAUAACACAUACCCCACACCCCCCC